AUGCCAGCGCUGGGGCUCAAGACCGUCGCCACGGCACGGAACGGUGUUGGCGCAUUCAUCCUACAAUGCCGGCGGCUGGACCUGCACUACUGCAACCAGGGCGGAUCGUCAGAGGGGAUGAAGUCGUUCCUUUCAUCGCCGAUGCUGGCGCGCUUCACAGCGCAAUACCCACAGACCGAGUUCCGGGUGUCGCCGCGGCCGACCAAACACCCCGUGAUGCGGGCGUACUACAUCAACGGGCGCGAGAAGAGCGUGUGCGUGCGCAACCUCGAGAAAGAGCAGAUCCGCAGCAUGGCCGAGUAUCUGGUGAGCAAUUCAGGGAACAAGGUCAAGAAGGUGGGCAGUCGGAAGGUGAUUAGUUCCAAUGUGAACGUUAGGGGGAUUUGGAGUCCGCUGCAUGGUGGGAUUAAGGCUGUUUGA